GGGCACCUCCGCCGUGCUAGAGGCGGGCGCGCGGGAGAGGCCGUUCUAGCCCGCGCCGUUCGGUAGUGGCCCCGUGGGCCUGGACGCCGCCAUGCUGGAGGCGGCGCGGGGGAGGCCGCUCUAGCCCGCCCCUCGGUGGUGCCCAUACUGCGGGCGGCGCGGAGGAGGCCGCUCUAGCCCGCCCCUCGGUGGUGCCCAUGCUGGACGGGGGUGUGGGGGGCGCGGGGCGCCGGGCGCGGGGGUCGCAGGGGCUGCAGGUGCUGCAGGUUCGGCCCGGGCUGUUCCUGGGCGCGGCCGUGGCGGAGCCGGGCGACCUGCACGAGGCGGGCAUCGCGGCCGUGCUGUCGGUGGACGCGCAGCCGCCGGCCUGGACACCCGGCGCCGCGGACCUGGGGCUGCAGACACUGUUCGUGGCGGCGCUGGACAGCCCCGAGGCCGACCUGCUCAGUCAGCUGGACCGCUGCGUGGCCUUCCUGCUCCGGGCCCGCGCCGACGGCCGCGCCGCUCUGGUGCACUGCCACGCGGGAAUCAGUCGGAGUGUGGCCGUCGUGACCGCGUUUCUCAUGAAGACCGAGCAGCUGCCCUUUGAGGCGGCCUAUGGGGAACUCCGGGCUCUGAAACCUGAGGCCAAGAUGAACGAGGGCUUUGAGGCGCAGCUGAAGCUGUACCAGGCCAUGGGCUGUGAGGUGGACGCGGCCAGCGUCCUAUACAAGCAGUACCGCCUGCAGAAACUGACUGAGAAGUACCCAGAGCUGCGGCACUUGCCCCCCGAGCUCUUUGCCUUGGACCCCAGCGCCUCGCCUCAGGGCCAGCCGGACCAGGCGCUCUACAGGUGCCGAAAGUGCAGGCGCGCGCUCUUCCGGAGGUCCAGCGUCCUGGACCACAGCGCGGGCAGCGCGGCCCUGGCCUUCGCCCACAAGAGGGGGACCGUGCCCGGCGCGCUGACCGCCGGGGCCCCCGCCCAGUGCACCUCCUAUUUCAUCGAGCCUGUCCAGUGGAUGCAGCCGGCCCUCCUGGGGGUGCUGGACGGGCAGCUGCUCUGCCCGAAGUGCAAGGCCAAGCUGGGCUCUUUCAACUGGUGCGGGGAGCAGUGCUCCUGCGGCCGCUGGGUCACGCCCGCCUUCCAGAUCCACAAGAACCGAGUGGAUGAGAUGAGACGGCUGCCGGCCCUGGGGCCACCGACAGGGGAACCCAGCUAGUGACGGCUGCUGGGCUGCGUGGAGGGACGCCGGGACCCCCGGCUCUGGCUCCCCCCCACCCUCGGCCCAGCUGGGAGCGCUAGCGGCUCCACCUUGGAGGACGGUGGCCCAGGGCCACGUGGGAGCUGGACUUGCAACUGCUGCCAUGUGGGCAAGCGCCUUUCGUGGACACCGAAUCCUCGGCCACGUGGACGGUGACCAAAUCCUCUGCCACAGGGACGGCGCAACGGGAUGGUGACAGCCCGUGUCCCUCAUUUGUUUUUAAACUGAGUCGGCAACUGGAUCUUACAGCUUGCAAUACAAAUGAAAAUUGC